UCUGCAGUUUUGGCUAGAGUGUAGUUCUUUCACACCAUAAUGGAGCUUUACAAGUGGCUGUUUGGUGUUGUAGUUUUGAUUUGUGGGGCUUCUGCCCAGAAUUAUUGGAUGCAGCCUCCRGCGCAGAAACCCCAGCUUUCUCCUGAAUUUCAGAACCCCCUGUCUAAGGUCCCUCCACCUACACCUUCUUUUGAUAAAUGUGUUGUGGAGGAGGAGGAGAAGAUCCACUGUGGGAGUCCAGACAUCACAGCUGAACAGUGUGAAGCCAUUAGCUGCUGUUUUGAUGGACGUUGGUGUUACUAUGGGAAAACUGUGACUGUGCAGUGUACCAGGGAUGGUCAGUUUGUGGUUGUGGUGGCCAGAGAAAUCACUCUGCCACCAAUUGAUGUGAACUCUAUCAGCUUGCUUGACUCAAGCGAGGCCUCCUGCAGCCCAGUCGAUGGCACCUCAGCCUUUGUGAUCUUCCAGUUCCCUGUGACAGCUUGUGGCACAGCUCUUAAGGAUGAAGAUGGCUACGUCGUCUAUGAGAACCACAUGUCAUCGUCUUAUGAAGUGGGAGUUGGACACAAAGGGUCGAUCACAAGGGACAGUCAUUUUGAGCUGCUGUUCCAGUGUAGAUAUUCYGGCACGACUGUGGAGGCUCUGGUGUUGGAGGUAAAUCCUGUUCCUCCCCCACUGUCUGUCGCAGCCACAGGACCCCUGAGAGUUGAGCUCCGACUCGGCAGCGGACAGUGUCACAUGAAGGGAUGUGUGGAAGAUGUGGCAGCAUACAGCUCCUUCUACACUGCAGCAGAUUACCCAAUCAACAAGCUGUUGAGGGAACCAGUUUUUGCAGAAGUGCGUCUCUUGGAGAGGUCUGACCCAAAUUUAGUUCUGAACCUGGAGCACUGCUGGGCCACAGCCACCCCAAACCCAGAGGGCCUGCCACAAUGGGACCUGCUUGUUGAUGGGUGCCCCUACCAUGAUGACAGAUACCAAACUACAACAAUUCCUGUGGAUGAAUCUUCUGGCCUUGAGUUUCCAACUCACUACAAACGUUUCGUCAGCAGGAUGUUUACAUUUGUUGCUCCAGAAGACUUUAGUCCUCACAAAGAGACGGUGUUUUUCCACUGUUCUACAAUGGUUUGUCAUCAAGGCAGCACAACCUCUUGUGAGCAACAAUGCCGCAGAAAACGAAGAGCUGCCUUGAAAGUCCCUUCAAGCCAGAGGUCCCUGGUCUCGAGCGGUGAAGUGAUCCUGACUAGGCUGCAUCUUUAAAGAUGUAAAGCACUCAAAGCCAUUUCAGACUUUUAAUAAAACCUUGUUAAAACGCUAA